CUGCCAUGUGUAAUGGGCAGACUUCUGUCUGACAACAUAACGCUGAUCAGAACACGUGCCCGGUGCCGCAGGGUUCUUCGCAUCGCUGCAAUUUCAAAUUUUAAAACAGAACAGAACAGAACACGCCAUGUCUGCCGUGCAAAUAUUAGUAAAAUUCAAAUCCGACAAUGGUGAACCUAUACCAGGUGGCUUAAUCGAUCUGCCAGUAAAAGCCACAGUCAACGACUUGCAAGCGAUCGUCAAUGCUCUCUUGCAACAAUCAGAAGAGCCGGUACCGUUUGCUUUUUACGUUGACAACAAUCAGAUUUUUAAUGAUUUACAAGAGUGUGUUAAAAAUCGCGAAAGUGAUGAAAGAAUUCUCGAAAUCGUUUGUCAACCCGAAGCCCUUUUUAAAGUUAGAGCGGUGACAAGAUGUACUGGUAGUUUAGAAGGGCACAGAGAAGCUGUGGUUUCUGUGAGUUUUUCACCAAAUGGUGAAACUCUGGCCAGUGGUUCAGGAGACACAACUGUUAGACUGUGGGAUGUCUAUACACAGACUCCUAAACAUACGUGCCAGGGACACAAGCAUUGGGUUUUAUGCUUAUCUUGGUCACCUUGUGGAACAAAAGUAGCAUCAGCUUGUAAAAAUGGCAGAAUUAUGUUGUGGGAUGCUGAUACGGGAAAGCAAAUGGGCAAAGACAUGGUUGGUCACAAAAUGUGGGUAACAUCUUUGGCAUGGGAACCGUAUCAUCAGAAUGAUCAAUGUCGAAAGCUUGUCAGUGCUUCCAAAGAUGGUGAUUUAAGAAUAUGGGACACAGUAAUGAGUAAAACAUUGUUGAUAUUAUCAAGUCAUACACAAAGUGUUACAUGUGUUCGAUGGGGAGGUAGAGGAUUAAUAUAUUCAUCAUCUCAAGACAGGACGAUAAAAGUGUGGCGAGCAGAAGAUGGAGUUCUGUGCAGAACUUUACAAAAACAUGCACAUUGGGUUAAUAGUCUGGCUUUAAACGUUGAUUAUGUCUUGAGAGUAGGAUCAUUUAGAAUAAAAAAAAAUAAAAAUGAAGAUGACAAUUUCAACCCAAAGUCAUAUGCAAAGGAACAGUAUGAAAAAGUUGGAGAAGAGAAACUAGUUUCUGCAUCUGAUGAUUACACUUUGAUAAUGUGGAAACCAGAACACUCCAAGGAACCAAUUGCACAACUUGUUGGACAUCAGCAACUAGUCAAUGAUGUUAAAUUUUCUCCCAAUGGUAAAAUUAUUGCUUCAGCAUCAUUUGACAAAUCAAUCAAAGUUUGGUGUGGUGAGACUGGUAAAUACAUUGCUUCAUUACGAGGUCAUGUUCAACGAGUCUAUUCCAUUGCCUGGAGUGCUGAUUCUCGGCUUUUAGUUAGUGGAAGUGCAGAUUCUACAUUGAAAGUUUGGGACAUGAGAAAAAACAAAUUGUGUAGUGAUUUACCAGGACAUGGAGAUGAGGUUUAUGCAGUUGAUUGGGCUCCUGAUGGUAUUAGAGUUGCAUCAGGUGGAAAAGACAAGAUUGUACGUUUAUGGCAAAACUAAUAAAUGACAACAAUUUUAUUGUUGAAUUUGAAAGAAAUGUGAAUAAAAAUAGUUGAAAAUGAA